AUGACUAUUCGAUUGAAUACUUUUCUACAUCUUUUUCGACGUUGCCAUUCAACAACGUCAACACCACACCAACAAGCUAUGAUGGCACGUGGUUUACCAAAACGAGCACCAAUUGAAGGUGUUCGACAUAUUAUUGCAGUUGGCUCAGGCAAAGGUGGCGUUGGUAAAUCAUCUGUAAGUGUCAAUUUAGCACUUGCAUUAUCUCGUUUGAACAAUCAAGUUGGAAUUUUGGAUGCUGAUAUUUUUGGUCCGUCUCUACCAACACUACUCAAUCUACGUAAUCAUAAAGCAACAACAACAACAACAACAAAUCUUAUAGAACCAUUGAUAAAUUUCAAUUUGAAAUGUAUGUCUAUAGCAUUCUUAACUAAAUCUGAUGGUGCUAUUGUAUGGCGUGGUCUUAUGGUGAUGCAAGCUAUUGAAAAACUUCUUCGACAAGUUGCUUGGUCUCCACUAGAUUAUUUAAUUAUUGAUUUACCUCCAGGUACGGGUGAUAUACAAUUAUCUAUUGCUCAAUUAGUUCCAUUAUCUGGUGUCAUUAUGGUAACAACGCCACAAGAACUUGCAUUAAUUGAUGUAAGAAAAGCAAUCGAAAUGUUUCGUCUUGUUAAUGUACCAAUACUUGGUAUUGUAGAAAAUUUUUCAACGUAUUUUUGUCAAAAAUGUGGGCACGAAGAAAAAAUUUUUGGUGAAAAUGGUGCUCAAUUAUUAUCCAAUGAAUUUCAUUUAAAUAUUCUUGAAUCAUUGCCUAUUGAUACGCAAUUUCGGCAAGCAUGUGACCAAGGUCGUCCUAUUAUACAGCAAAGCGAAACGAUUUUAUGCUCAAAAUUUAAUAAUCUAGCGAAGCAAAUUAACGAACAGAUGCAUAAAAAUAAAACAACAACAACGUAA